GAACUAACUACAAAAUACAGUGUAGCAUAGAUCUAAAUCGUAUAUGCACAUGAAUGGUACACAUGUGUACCAUCUUUAUAGAAGCAUUUCUACAAGAAUACAACUUAUCGGUUUACUGGAUUUUCAUUUGACCAAAGGGGCACAUAAGAGGCAAUCGUUUCCCAGAAUACAGUACUGUUUCUGUCUGGUAAUUGCUGGUUUGGAAGUGACGGGGUUAAACGGACAGGAACAGUGGCACACUAUAGAUCUGGUAUCUGUGUUUCCACAGCAACACCUAUUAAAUUACAUGCAUGCUUGCUGGCAUUGGACUUUAAACGGGUGGAGAGACAGGAAACUAUUUUCUUCCUGGAGUGAAACAGACAUUUGAAAAUGGCGAAAUUCUUCACACCGGUUCAAAUCAACGAGUUCAAAGAGUGUUUCUCCUUGUAUGACAAGAAGCAAAAGGGAAAGAUUGACGCCAGGGACCUGAUCACAGUUAUGCGCUGCCUGGGUACAAGCCCGACACUUGGGGAAAUCGAGAGACAUCUUCAAGUACACAAAAUUGAGCGCUCGGGCAACUUGGACUUCUCCACGUUCCUCACCAUGAUGCACCGUCAGAUCCAGCAAGAAGAUCCAAAGACAGAAAUCCUGGAGGCGCUGAGGAUGACAGACAAGCAGAAGAAAGGAUUCAUGCAAGCCUCAGAGCUGCGGGCCAAGCUCACCAUGUUGGGAGAGAAACUUACAGACAAGGAAGUGGAUGAUCUGUUCAAAGAAGCCAACAUAAAGUCCAAUGGAAUUGUUAACUACGAGGAGUUCACCCAAAUGGUGAUUCUGCCGCCUGUUGAUUACUGAAUGUGCCCCAUGGCAGGUCACUUGCCCUUCCUUUUGUGUCAUCGGUCUGACGUCAUCCCUGUUCCCUGAUUGUUUCCACCAGUUACCUAUUACCCUCAUGUGUCUUAUAAGCCCACUCCUCCCUUUGUUCUGUGCCAGAUUGUUUUGUUUAUUCGUGCUCUCUAGCGUCCAUGUCCAUGCCUUGCCUCGUCUCGUGCUAAAUCC